AUGGAGUUUGUCACAGCCCUUCGGGGCACCUUUGACGAACAGAAGCCGUCUCUAUUCGAAGUCCUUUCUGAGCAACAGCUCAAUGCCCUCCUCCCGCCGACCCUCCGCUACCUACUCACCAUCGCGACGCAUCGACAUCCACGGUAUCUCCUAAGAAUACUAAACUCGUUCGAUGAGAUAUACGCCGGUGUUAUGUUGCUCGUUGAGCGGCAUUACCUGCGCACCCGAGGCGGCUCAUUCACAGAGAACUUCUAUGGCCUCAAGCGCGAAAAGGGCCUCCAUGCCGAAGUGCCACGCGCGAGCAUGUCAUCACCCGAUAUUGUGCGCGAGACAUUGAAACUCACGACCCGAGACGUCUGGAAGAAUCUGCUCGUCAUCGUCGGCAUCCCUUACCUGAAACGGAAGCUUGACGAGAGCUACGAGGUGAAUGCGCCAAGAGCUCUUCUCGGUGCGGCAUACACGCGAAUGCCAGAUAACCCAACUCUUCGCGACCGAUUCCUAUACUAUUACCGAUGGUUCCUCAGGAACAUAUACCCAAGCGUCAAUGCCGGCUAUUACUUUGCCAUGCUUGCUUUCAAUGUGGCGUACCUCUUCGACGGGAGCAAGUACCACAGCCCUCUCUUGUGGCUGAUAGGAACACGUAUUCGAAGAAUGUCCGGUGCAGAUUACAAGGCCAUUGAGGCUUUGACGCAGACACCCGAGACAGGACACAGACCCGGGUGGCGGUCGUUGUUAAACCCCCGCGAAAUGGGCCCGCGGGUGUUGUCAAGCUUGUCGAUUUUGCUGCCUACAAGUAUCUUUGCCCUCAAGUUUUUGGAAUGGUGGUAUCAGUCGGAUUUUGCGAAGCAGCUUUCACGAAAAGCGACUGAAAGUGUUGAUUUGCCGCCACCUGUGAUUUCGGCAGAUGGCAAGGGAGGCUCCAGCAAGAAGAAGCCAGAAGUGAAGAAAGAGGAGUCAAAUGAGGGAGACUCAACCCCUUCGGCAGAAGAUGCACCCAUCGCCACUCCCUCGUUGCUCCCUGUCUACACAAUUCCAUUUCCCAGCGAUUCGGCAUUGUGUCCUAUUUGCGUCGAUGAGAUCAUCACUCCAACAGCCUGUCAAACCGGUGUCGUUUAUUGCUAUACAUGUAUCCACAAAUGGAUCGAGGGCCAGCACCAGAAACAAGAGGAUUUUAUGGAGUCGCGCGAGGGCAAGUGGGAGAGUGGUCAAGGGAGAUGUGCAGUGACAGGCAGAAGGGUUCUGGGUGGAACUGAAGGCUUAAGGCGGAUAAUGGUAUAG